CUGUGACAGCGGCCCGCAAAUAGAGAGGGAAGAGCCAAUUUGUCAGCCGAAGGGACGCAGGGCCGGACAUGGAGCUUGAGCAGCGUUGAAGAGCUUUGCGGGCAGUCUAAAGUGAUUGUACCGAAACAGCAACGGCAUGGGAGCAAAGGAGAAAUUGGAGGCCAUGUUAAACGUGGCCCUUCGGGUCCCAAGCAUCAUGCUGCUAGAUGUGCUAUACAGAUGGGAUGUCAGCUCUUUUUUCCAGCAAAUCCAAAGAAGCAGCCUCAAUAAAAACCCACUGUUCCAAUACAAGUACCUGGCACUCAACAUGCAUUAUGUGGGCUACAUCUUAAGCGUGGUAUUACUGACUCUGCCCCGACAGCAUCUGGCUAAGUUGUAUCUAUAUUUUGUGGCUGCUCUUUUGCUGUUUGCAGGGCAUCAGAUUUCCAGGGAUUAUGUCCGCAGUGAGCUCGAAUCUGGCUAUGAAGGGCCGAUGCACCUAGAACCAUUGUCCAUGAACCGCUUUAUUACUGCACUAGUGGGCCAGCUGGUGGUGUGCACUCUCUGCUCCUGUGUGAUGAAGACCAAGCAGAUCUGGCUGUUCUCCGCUCACAUGCUGCCUCUCUUGGCCCGCCUCUGCCUUAUCCCCAUUGAAACCAUCGUUGUCAUUAACAAGUUUGCCAUGAUUUUCACUGGGCUUGAAGUCUUGUACUUUCUGGCAUCAAAUUUAUUAGUCCCCUUUAAUCUUGCUAAGUCGGCAUACCGGGAGCUCGCACAGGUAGUGGAAGUGUAUGGCCUGCUGGCCCUGGGGAUGUCUCUCUGGAAUCAGCUGGUGGUUCCAGUCUUGUUCAUGGUGUUCUGGUUGGUUUUGUUUGCCCUUCAGAUCUAUACCUAUUUCAGCACCCGUGAUCAGCCGACCUCUCGCGAGCGCCUCCUUUUCCUCUUUCUUACAAGUAUCGCCGAAUGCUGUAGCACCCCGUACUCACUCCUCGGCUUAGUGUUUACAGUCUCCUUUGUGGCCCUCGGGGUGCUGACCCUCUGCAAGUUUUACCUGCAAGGCUACCGAGCUUUCAUGAAUGACCCAGCAAUGAACAGGGGCAUGACUGAAGGAGUGACGCUGCUCAUCCUGGCUGUGCAGACAGGGCUGAUUGAACUUCAGGUGGUCCACAGGGCCUUCCUCCUCAGCAUCAUUCUCUUCAUCGUUGUGGCCUCCAUACUGCAGUCUAUGCUGGAAAUCGCAGAUCCCAUUGUCCUUGCCCUCGGUGCUUCCCGUGACAAGAGUCUGUGGAAACAUUUCCGUGCUGUCAGCCUGUGUCUGUUCUUGCUGGUGUUUCCUUCUUACAUGGCCUACAUGAUCUGCCAGUUCUUCCACAUGGAUUUCUGGCUCCUAAUUAUCAUAUCGAGCAGCAUCCUCACUUCCUUGCAGGUCCUGGGAACUCUCUUCGUCUACGUUUUGUUCAUGAUUGAAGAAUUUCGUAAGGAACCAGUGGAGAACGUGGACGAUGCAAUUUAUUAUGUCAACGGUACGUAUCGCCUGCUGGAGUUCCUGGUGGCGCUGUGCGUGGUGGCUUACGGCGUCUCGGAAACCGUUUUCGGGGAAUGGACCGUGAUGGGCUCCAUGAUCAUCUUCAUCCACUCCUACUACAACGUCUGGCUGCGGGCUCAGCUGGGCUGGAAGAGCUUUCUUCUGCGCAGGGAUGCCGUCAACAAGAUCAAGUCCUUGCCUGUUUCUACCAAAGAGCAACUGGAGCAGCACAAUGACAUCUGCUCCAUCUGCUACCAAGAUAUGAAUUCAGCUGUCAUAACACCAUGCAGCCAUUUUUUCCAUCCUGGCUGCCUGAAAAAGUGGCUCUACGUGCAAGAGACUUGCCCUCUGUGUCACUGUCAAUUAAAGUCUCUGUCUCAACAAGCAGUGGCCGAGUCUGGCUCCUCCACCAAUCCCGUUGUGGAGCAAAGUGCUAACCCACCGCAGGAGCCGUUGUCUGCGGUAGCGGCAACGACAGAGACCUUGGGUACAGUGCCAACAUGCUCUGCACUCGAACAAGAACCAACCAUGGACAUUGAGCCAGCAGAAUCCCUAGUGGAGAGGAGAGGGGAGCUGGAGGUGCACGUUUCUCAAGAGGAAGCAAACUCAAAUAGCAAUGAGGUGCUCCAAAGGAUACUCACUACAGGGAAAGUGCAGCCAGAGGACUUAAAUGUGAAGGCUUUACCCCCUGAAAGUGAGGUCUGUGCAGGAAUCUGAUACUGUAUCUAUGCUGGAACUGAUCAUUUCAAAGCCAAACCCUGACUACCCACCUCCCCAUCUUGUUCUGAGGAAGAAUCAAAACAUUGACACAAAUUUAAAGUGUAUGCAGAAUUCUCCCACGUGGAUUUAUUUUUCAUGUCUUGGUGCCGACGAUGACGAUUAUGAUGAAGGCAAAGCAAGCAAUCCUUUCUAUGACUGACACGCUAAAUUCUAAGAAAGAGAAAUCUAGAUUUUUGUUCAAAUUAUAUUUGUUACUUUGAUGUGGGUAAGAUUCGCCCAAUCAGAACCUAAAAGGUCCCAAUGAGUUGAUGGGCCACCAACGUUUACAUAGAUGAGAGAAUACUUUUCCUGCCCGGAGCAGCUAAAGCAUGGAGCAGAAUUAGGGCUCCCGCCAGUGUGAUGGCAUAGAAAGAAAGCUGCACGCUUGCAUGCAUUCUUGCACUCUGAGUAUAACACACUGGGGGGGGGGAUAUUUUGGGGUGGGGAGGUUCAAUGCCACUUUAUUGCAGCCUCAACUUGUUGCUUAUUUUUAUGUUUCAUAGUAUUAUUAUUGCCCUGCAGCCUCCUCUAUCUCUCCCCCUGUAUGAAGUAAAACUGGAGCUCAGGUGAGCGCCUGGUUGGUCGCCAUGGCGGGAUGAGCCUCAUUGCACAGAAAGGGGGUGAGCGGGAAUGAGCUGCAGCUUCAUUGAACAGUGUUAAACGAUAGAUGUAUUUGCACUCUCUGGAUAUGAGUACACGGGGGCCUUCCCGUGUAUGAUCAGUCUCCGCAAAUGCCAUUUUUAAGGCUGUUGCUAGUGCGCGCACUUUCAUAUAGUAUCCCGCCCCUCCCAGAACCAGUUGUUAUAUAAUAAACUACAUUUAUAAACCGAUUGCAGAUUUGGGGAGGGGGUGAAAAACAAAUCGGCAAUUUUUUUAUUGUGAAUUUUGAUAUGAAAUCUAAAAAAAAUUAAAUAAAGUUUAAUUUAUAAUAAAAACCAUUGGGCCAGAAAGGAAAACAAAGGCUGAGAAUUCAGUUUUCCUGAAUAAAAUAAUGAUUUUUUUUUUUUUUUUUUUUUUGAUACAUUUGGAUGUCGACUGACGGACAUAGCUGAAUGUCUUAAUAAAUUAUAUUUCAACA